CCCCGCCCCGUCUCUCAGCGCUCGAUGGAAAUACGGAAGUGUGCUCGCUCCUCUGCUGCUCAUCUGUUUUCUCUGCAGACGUUCCAGUUUUAAGACGCAAUCUGAAACUUCGAGGGUAGUUUUUAUUCCUGCCCGAGUGGUGUUUUGUUGCCAUUCACAAUGUUCCGCUUGCGGGCACUGUCCGCUGUGUGGGUUGGCGUAUCACACUUGUCCCGGCGCUACCACAGUGGUGCAGUGAGAGGGUCUGGACGAAGGAGAGUGAUGUUGGCAGCUCUGGUUGGGGUAACUGGUGUCACUGCUAGUACUGGACUGCUCUGGAAAAGAGCGUAUGCUGAUGCAGGGCCAUCAGUCCGCAAUUCCCAGCCACAAAAUGGAGACGGUGAUUUUGUGAGGGCUUCAGACUCCGAGUCAGAGAAAUCAGUGGAGGCGAGCAAUAGUGAUGACGAGGCCAAGAAUGAGAGUGGCGAAGGGAAAAAAAAGAAGCAACGCUCUGGCUUCCGUGACCGCAAGGUGAUGGAGUACGAAAAUAGAAUACGGGCCUACUCGACCCCAGACAAGAUUUUUCGCUACUUUGCCACAUUGAAGAUUAUCGGUGAGCAUGGAGAUGCUGAGGUCUACAUGACGCCCCAGGACUUCAUACGCUCCAUCACACCAAAUGAGAAGCAGCCAGAGAAUCUUGGGCUUGAUCAAUUUGUGGUGAAACGCUAUGAUGGAAAGGUAAGAUUCGGAUUCUUUAAGAUUGCCCAAGAGAGGGAGAAGUUUGCAGAUGAAGGCAGCAUAUUUUACACUCUGGGGGAAUGUGGCCUCAUCUCCUUCUCCGAUUACAUCUUCCUCACCACUGUGCUGUCCACCCCCCAGAGGAACUUCGAGAUCGCUUUUAAGAUGUUUGAUCUCAACGGUGAUGGAGAAGUAGACCUGGAGGAGUUUGAGCAGGUCCAGAGCAUUAUUCGCUCUCAAACGAGCAUGGGCAUGAGACACCGCGAUCGCUCCACCACAGGCAACACUCUCAAAACAGCCGGCUGCAGUUCGGCACUCACCACCUAUUUCUUUGGAGAAGACCUGAAGGGAAAGCUCACCAUCGGCAGCUUCCUGGAGUUUCAGAGGAAGCUGCAGCAUGAUGUGCUGAAGCUGGAGUUCGAGCGCAAUGAUCCAGUGGACGGCCGAAUCUCCGAGAGACAGUUUGGCGGUAUGCUGCUGGCUUACAGCGGAGUUCAGUCCCGUAAACUCAAGCAGAUGCAGAAGGGAUUGAAGAAGAUGUUUAAGGAUGCACAGGGCAUCACGUUUGAGGAGGUGGAAAAUUUCUUCACCUUCCUGAAGAAUGUCAAUGAUGUGGACACAGCGCUGAGUUUCUACCACAUGGCCGGAGCGUCCAUAGAUAAAGUUACCAUGAAACAGGUGGCCCGCACUGUAGCCAAGGUGGAGUUGUCGGAUCACGUGUGCGACGUGGUCUUCGCCCUGUUCGACUGUGAUGGGAACGGCGAGCUCAGUAAUAAGGAGUUCAUCGCCAUUAUGAAGCAGCGGCUUAUGCGUGGGCUGGAAAAACCGAAAGACAUGGGCUUCACUCGGUUGGUGCGCGCCAUGUGGAAGUGUGCUCAGGACACCGCCUGGGACUUUGCCAUGCCAAAGACAUAAUUGGGAGACCCUACGUGAUGCGCGAGUGGGAGGAACAAUGCCAUUAGAGACAUUUUUCUUUUCAACAGUUUCAAGGACUGCAGCCUUGAGGGAGUCUCAUCAAGCAUGCAGUGUGCGCGUGUAAGGGUUGCACCACACAUUUGUACAAUUGUGAAAUAUACAAAAAUAUGUUGUGGCUAUCUUCAGUGCAGCAUUGGAUGGCAUGUGACCUUUUGUUAUAAACGUAUUUAGCCAAUGUACAAAAUGAAUAUCAGAGUCUGUUAGCGUCUUUGUAGUUAGUCCCAAGCUCUCUUUACCAUUUCAAUGGGUUUUUUCCAUGUCAUUUUAAAAAGUAUGCCUUCUUUGAAGUAAUAUAUUGCUCACUGAAACACUUUGUUAUUCAAAUUAAGGAUUUGUAUUGAUAACUUG